CUUAAAUACUGGGGCCUGAUUACCCUAGUCAGCUGCUGUUCAGACCUCCCAGGCACCAUGAAGACUUUCCUUACUCUGGGGCUUCUCCUGCUCUCGGUCACAGUCCAGAGCAAGGUCUUUCAGCGCUGUGAGUUGGCCAGAACUCUAAAAAACCACGGACUGGAUGGCUAUGAAGGAGUCAGCCUGGCAAACUGGAUGUGUUUGUGCAAAUCGGAGAGUGAUUUCAACACACAAGCUACAAACUACAAUCCUGGAAGCCAAAGUACUGAUUAUGGGAUAUUUCAGAUCAACAGUUGCUACCGGUGUACUUAUGACAAAACCCCAAGAGCAGUGGAUGCUUGUGGGAUCUCCUGCAGCGGUUUGAAGUAUUUGUGCCAUAGAGGAGACAAGUUGUGA